CCUUAUACUGUUUCUCUCUCCUCCCCAGCCGAGACGCGCAUCUCCGAGUACCCCGGCGCCUACAGCAUCAACUACGGCACCACCCUGUUGAUGCGCUGCGUGGCCCUCGGAGACCCGCUGCCGGAGAUCGAGUGGUUCAAGGACGGAGACCCGCUGCCAAUGUACGAAUGGAAAAACGAGGUUCUUCACGGCAUCGAGUUCACGCCGUUCAUCAACUACGUGCGUUCCGUGCUCACCGUCAACGCCACCGCCACGGCCAACUACACGUGCUCGGCGGAGAAUGUCGUGCAGAACAGACGAACCACAGACUCCAAGACCUUUACUGUGUCUGUGGUGCAUCCCGUCAGUCCCAUCAGGAGGCCGCUGGGUUACUGCGCGCCCUACAAUGGCCGUGUGUGUAAGGAGCACUUGCAGGGGCCGGGUCUGGUGUGGUACAACAUCACCGCCACGGACCAGGGUGGCUGGCUCAACGAACACAUCACCCGAGAGCUCUGGUCCGAGAUGAUCAACAACUUCCGUGAGCUGUGUCGGGAGGCCGCUGAGAAACUACUGUGCCACUUUGCGUUCCCCAAGUGCCAGCUGAACGACGGCUACCAGGUCGGUCUGCCACUGUGCCGCGAGGACUGUGUGGCCGUGCGCAGCCUCUUCUGUGUCAACGAGUGGCUUCUCAUCGAGCAGAACAAGCAGGAGAACCGGAUACUCAAGUCCCGCAACCACUUCCGACUCCCCAACUGUGACGCCCUGCAGAGCUACGGCAAUGGCUCCCGCAAGGUGUGUUCGCACAUCGGCCUGACCAGCAUUGACCACAGCCAGGUGACACAUAACUGCCGGAUAGGGCGCGGCCGCUGGUACUUUGGCACGAUGAAUGUGACCAGCACGGGAAUACCCUGCCAGCGCUGGGACUCACAGGAGCCACACAGCCACCAGCGGCCACCCAACGUCUUCCCGGAGAUACAGAACGCUGAGAACUACUGUAGGAAUGCCGGAGGCGAGGAGCCGUUCCCCUGGUGCUACACCACAGACCCCGUCAUCCGGUGGCAGCACUGCUCCAUCCCGCAGUGUGGUGAGCUUGGCAGUGCACCUGGAGGGGUGUUCCUUCAUGAUGAGAUCCAGGCCAAGAUGCUGCCCAGCCCGUGGCUCAUACUGAUUGCCGGCGGCGCGGGGCUCGGGGGGCUGCUGCUGCUGGCCCUCAGCGCCCUGCUGAUCUACAAGCUGGUCCACGCCCGCCAGGGCUACUCUUCCCCCAGCUCCCAGGCAGGGAAUCCGGAUGCGGACAUUGACAUCACAAAGCUGCCGCACAACUCGGCCUACCACCAGACCUGUGCCCAGCUCAAUCCCAAGCUGGAGAAGCUGCAGUACGACCGGAACAGCAUCAUCUACAUCCGGGACCUUGGCCAGGGAGCCUUCGGACGUGUGUUUCAGGGCAAAGCUCCAGCGCUCAUCCCCGGGGAAGAGCUAACAAUGGUGGCCGUCAAGGUCUUGAAGGAGGAGGCCUCGGAGGACAUGCUCGGGGACUUUGAGCGUGAGGCUUGCAUCCUGGCGGAGUUUGACCACCCCAACAUUGUCCGACUGCUGGGCGUGUGUGCCGUGGGGCGCCCCAUGUGCCUCCUCUUUGAGUACAUGGGGCGUGGAGACCUCAACGAGUUCCUCAGGUCCUGCUCUCCCACCAACUACAUUGUGCGCUCCACCAACGGGGAGGCUUUCAAUGACACAAAGCUCACAUACAAAGACAUGUUGUGGAUCGCCACGCAGAUCGCGUCUGGGAUGGUUUACCUCUCAAACCGCAAGUUUGUUCAUCGAGAUCUUGCAACCAGAAAUUGUCUCAUUGGAGAGGACAUGACAGUAAAGAUAGCAGAUUUUGGUCUGUCCCAGAAGAUUUACAUCGCCGAUUAUUACCGCGGCGAUGACAGUGAUGCCAUACCCAUCCGCUGGAUGCCCUUAGAAAGCAUUUUGUACAACAAGUAUACUGUUGAGAGUGAUGUUUGGGCUUAUGGUGUGUGUCUGUGGGAAAUAUUUUCCUUUGCGCUGCAGCCCUACUACGGGAUGACCCACGAGCAGGUGGUCUGCUUCCUGAAGGAGGGCGGCAUCCUCUCCAUCCCUGACCAUUGUCCCCAGGAGGCCUACAACCUGCUCACCUGGUGCUGGCAGCGGCGCCCCCAUGACCGGCCCUCCUUUGUGGCCCUCCACAAGGCUCUCACCGACUUGACGGCGGAGCGGCCGGUGGUGGUGCCGGAGCCGCCGCCUGGCUCGGCCAUGUCCGGCUCGGUGGCGCCCAUCUCCCGACCGGGCUCCUGUGUCCCUGAGCCGCCGGCACAGCACGCAUGAGGCAGCGGGGGUGGCGGUGCGCAGGGGAGGGUUGUCACCUGUAGUAAGUGUUGGGUGUGCACAUUUUCAUGUUGAGUAAUGUGCACGGCGGGAAGGUUGGUACACUUGCUGCGCGAGGUUUGUUUGAUCAUGUUUUAAACGUCCACUUAUUGUUUGAGGCGGCAGGUGUGCACGACACUCCUGGCCACUUGGCGCUCACUCUGCCACACUGGAGGAGCCGCAAUUCAUUGGUCUUGCUGCUGAUUUUUUUAAUGUUGGCAUUUCUUAAGGAAGGUAUGUCAAAAUAAAGAAUCAUUUUAUUUCCAAAGAAAUAAAAUGGUUCUGCAGUAACAAAAAACACAACCAACUUUUUAUUUAAAGAUUGUGAUACCUUAGAUCUUGUUUUCUAACAUUUAGGCCACGGCAGCAUUUCAUUGAAAAUUUAUGAGGAAAAUUAUUCAUUUUUACCUGAAAAUUGUGGUCAUUCUUUUUUUAUGAUUAAGCAAGUCAGUCUUCAGCCUUCAGCUUCAUUGGGCCAAGUGUACAUAGAGAAAGUGUGUCGCUAUUUCUAUGCGUAAUAACAGUAGGGUUUUCUUAUUCCUCAAAUACUAUCCUGUACAUAGUGUAAAAACUAGAUUGUCGUAGUCGUAGAGGCAGUUUUAUGUAAGAAUUUUCUAACUGUAAAUACAGAACUGUGCCGAGACACGGCCAUCAACUGAAUCUCUUUAAAUUAUAAUUGUAAAAAGCCAGUGAUCUGCCUUUUGUAACAUAUAUAUAGUUUUUUAAGUCAUGAUUUGUAUCUUAAGUGAAUGUUUCAAAUAUUUACUGACAGUGCUUAUGCAACAACCUGCAGCUGCCACAAGUCCAGCCAGCCGCGGCCCGGCGCGAGGGGCCGACGGGACCUUACAGACAACCCCAGAGUGACAGCUUUGCUUUACUCUCCUCGACAGGAAUCAGAAAAAAUGGAAUGAUGAUUAAAGCUUUUCUUUUCAAAAUAUCAUAAGAGAGUUAUAUACAGGUUAUGUUAAGGAAAACACACCUUUACUGCAGCUUUAAACCUAAGAAAAAUUAGAUGUGAAGUGUCUGAAAAUAAUUCUUGGCAGAAUUGAUGGUGCUGCUUCUGAUUCAUUUUGAUAGGAAUUAUCAACUGUGACACAAACUGUUUUUAGUGAUUUAUUUGAUUGUGGCUCUGACAUGACAUGAACCAGUUUUUGGCGCACUGAGGAUGAGACACACUCUCUGUGCAGGGCUUUGUUGGGCUGUUUUACCAUGCAGUGUGUUGAAGCCACAGCCCCAAUGAUGUAAGAACAGAAGGUAGAAGUUAUGGGCUUUGUUUCAUAAUAAGAACCUGUUUUCUACUCAGCCAAGAAACACUUUGUACUUCAUUACAGUUUACAUAUCGUUUAUUCUCAAAGUUAUUCUCAUAUGUCUUACUGUGUUACCAUAGACGGCCUGUAUGUAAGCAGCAUAUUCAGCCUUCCUAAGCCAUCGUGAGGAUGUAGGCAAGAUAUUUCUUUCUGAGACAUUGCCUCAGUAAUAUUGUACAAGUCAUUGCCUGUAUAACCAAGCAUAAAAUAUUCACUAUUGAUCUGUCAUGUCUUGGCAUCCAAAAUGGGUUUUAUAAAAUCAAUACAUUCCUGCAACAUUUCUGGGUCGAGGGAGACUGAACAUGCUGUUUAAUUGUUGGCUGAAAGACAUGAAGGUUGGAGUGUAAGCAGUUUGUGUUUCCCUCUGGUGUGUGUUGCUGUGUACGGCAUAAGUGGUUCUCACCAGGACAUAUACAGUAACUACAUGUGAUGGUAGCGAUGUGGAAGGAGAUAGAGGGACGGAAGGUAUUAUGUGUUACCAAGUGGCUGGUGUACUGAAAAUGCCUGGCUGGAUGAGUCAUGUUCUUGAGCCGUUCACUCAGCAGCCUUUGGUUCCGUAACACACUGCCUCACAGCUCGCCUUGCUAACGAACAAGGAAGAAUGCUUAUAUUCCAUUGCUUUGUAUUCUUGGUCACCACUCGCUCCUUGUGAGUCAGCGCUGUAACCAGUGUUGCCUCAUGGGGAGGAAGUGUUCUGUUCCCCGUGUCCUAUCACCAUGACGAGGAAAGUUAAUCUCAUUCAUCACGGCCUGCCGUAAAGAACCGGAUGUUGAGGACAACUAGAGUUCUGUAGGGCGUUUAUCUUACUCAGUAAGUUUGUCACGGGAAACUGUUCAAAACACAUUUCAUUUUCCUUUUGGCUCCUCAGUUAUGUGGUUCAUCAUUUGGUGGUUAAUUUAGCCACCAAAUGUUUUGAGUGUGGCGUUAGAUUAACUCUCUUUUUCUUUCCUUCAUUAUUGCAGUGCUGUGAUUUUUUCCCUUCAUUGCAAACUUUCUCCCUGGCUCAGCUUGGCUGUGUCAGUAGUCACCCAAUCAGUAUUAAGUUCAGGGUUUCUGCCCAUAGUUCAUAUCUUAUUUUAUUUGUAUUUGAUAUUCAUUAUAUUAUUUAUGAGCACAAGUAUGGAACCAUGGAACUGUGCUUCAUAUUUUUAUUUUAGGUUAUCAGUAUUAAAUAAUUUUUCAUGUUAUGAAUAUCUUUUGAAUUGUUGGCAAACAUAAUGUAUGAGGGUCCAGAACUUUUAAACCAAUGAUUUUAUGAUAUUGUUAGUCUUAGUUUUAUAAUAUAUCAGUUUUAAUAUUAGAAGUCAUAUUCUAUAUGUAGUAUCUAAUUCCUGAUUUCUUAAUCAGUUAGGCAUAUGUCCAUUAUUUCAUGAAUAAUAAUUUUUUACCUAUUUUUUUCUCCUCUGUAGCAUAAAACACAUAAUAUAUCCCACGCCUGCACUUCUGUUAUGCCACAAAGUUAUUUUGAUGCUAGUGAAUGCAACAUCAUUCUGAAACCAUUAACCAAAAACUUAUCUCCAAAGUCACAGCGGUGGCAUCAGUGUGUCAGUGUUUGGCCGAGAGCACGCCCACUCUGCUCCCAAACACUUCCUGUGAGUGUGGGAGAAGUGGAGGCGAGGACCCAAGCCUCUCACUGACACACGCCUGGCAGCCGUGCUGGUGCCGGGUGUGGGAGGCAGGGGUGCUGCAACACAGUAUUCUCUACAUUCCCUUUUGUUAAUAGUGUAAUUUUGUAUGAGUUGAGAUGUUUGUAUUGCCUGAAAUAGGAUAACAUACCUAAUUUGCCAGGCAUGGAGUGUGGAGUCUUUGCAAGGCCAAGACCGUAUAUUAUUUUAUACUUGUACUUUUGUGGGAAAGGUUAGCUUUUCAGGUGUGAGGCAGAGAGUCUCCUUUGAAGCCAUUCAGUUUCCCUGAUCACAUGUACAAAACUAGAGAUCAGAGUGAAAUAUUUUUGUAAUACAUAUGUAAUUAUUUUUUGUGCUAAACAUUUGCAUGUGUUUGAAUGUUACGCUGCGGCACAGAAAUGACGAACCUCUGUGGUGAUGAGUUCCGUUUAGGUUUUUGUUUCAGCACAAACGUAGGCUUUAACUUUAAUUGUAGCAAUGCAUGGUUCUAGUUAAGUUGUAAAGUGAUAUUCAAAGGCACCAAUAUUAUAUUUAUAUUUUAUCUAGUCUGGCAAAUAAUGUUUGUUGAUGUGCAGCUGUGGUGACCCAUGUGUUGCAGGGCGCUGCUCAACCAGGCCUCCGGUGUGUGGCCUGGGAGUGUGUUGACAAGGGAGGGAGUGUUGUUGGGAAGGGACGCCGAGGGUAAUAAUGGAAUGUUGUUGUUUCAAAGAAAAUGUUGAAUCUCUGUACUUGAUAAGAAAGACCCAUAGAAUGGGUUAUAAUUUUUUAUUCCAGAAAUCUUGAUUUUGUGGGUAUUCAACAAUUAAGUAGUGUUGGUAAAAUGUGCAAGCAGAUAACACACCAGGCUAUAGACGCCAUCAUGCACAAGUAAACUCCUCAUAAAAGAUAAAUAUGAAACCUGUAUAAUAAGUAACCUAACAGUAGCUGGAGGAGUUUAUGCCGGGAAUGAGUUAUGCAAUCAUUGAGAGACUGACUCCCCAGACGCAGGCCAGUGAGUGUGUCCCGAGGCGCUGCUGCUUCACGCUUGUCUUCCCAGGCCCGGCCCCGGCUCGUGGUACUGUAGUUACUGAGAUAUUACUGUGUCAGGUCCUGUGUGUGGAGGCAGCUGACCCAUUGAUGUAUUGGUCUGAUGGAAAUGUACCCAAAAGUAAUAAGUUGCCUGCCAGUGACUCGUGUAAACACAAAUGACAUGUAUGUGCCCAGAGAAAGUAUGUUUGAGUUGAGACUUUUUUUUCCCAUUCUCAACUAUUCCUGUCUUUAGCAAUACAUUACCUUAAAUGCA